AUGGGGGCCAAAACCACCGACAGCAGAAGCAAUUCACUUCUUCUUAAACUGCCGCGGGCACAGAAGUCCCAGGUUCUCUCUCUAGUGCAGCGAAAUCUCACGGAUUUGGCGGACGAGAGGGAGAAGGGCCUCACCUCACAGCAGCAGCAGCAGCAGCAGCAGCAGGAACAGCAGCAGCAGCAGCAGCAGCAGCAGCAGAUAGAGGGGAAGGGACAGCAACAGGAGGAGACGGAGCAGCAGGAGAAGACAGCAGCAGCAGCAGCAGCAGCAGCAGAGCAGCAGCAGCAGAGCAGUAGCAGCGGCAGUGAUAGUAGCAGUAGGUGCAGCAGCAGCAGCAGCAGAUAG